CCGCAUAAUUUGGAGGAGGGCUCUUAUAUCUCUCGCGUCUGCAGCGUCGAGCCGCAGAUCGAAGCCGAUACUUACAGCCGCUCCACGUGCCUCCAACGCCGGCUGGCCUGGCCGGGUGCUCCGCUUCGCGGUCGUUCCGCUUCUAAUUCCUACGUAUAACGAGUACAAUAUACACGUCGAAUUCAUGGGGAUUGUUACCGGUUCUAUUUCGUGCGAAACGUGACGUCCAUCAGGUAUUCGUGUCGUGAGAGACGCCGACGCGUGCUCGACACGUGUUAAUCUCAUCGAUUGUCGGAGGAAGAAUAUUUCGAGAAAUCCGGAUAUCGAUAAAGAGCGCGCUACGACAGUCCGAAAAUUGCAUUUGGGCCGACGGCAAUCGACAAAACGUGCGCGACAGCGACGGAUCGAAAACCGAAGGGGAUUGUCUCUAUUUUCAAAUCAGAUUUCGCACGGUUUUUUUUUUACGAGGGCUAGCAACAAUGCUGGCGCACCUGUUUGAGAAGCACGGCCGGCUCUGCGCCGGCCAUCCCUUGGAGGUGAUCGUGUCGAUCUUUACUUUGACAGCGUGUAUACUUAAUAUGGAGACCGGAAAUGGACAAGUACGCGAAGAGAACUUACCCGAUGCCACGUACUGUCGUCACAACAGAUGCGAUGCUAUGGACCUAAAAGCGGCUGACAUUAUAGUGAUGACGAUAAUACGCUGCUUGGCGGUGCUAUUUACUUAUCAUCAGUUUCGCAAUCUACAAAAAAUGGGAUCUAAGUACAUUUUAGGUAUCGCCGGCCUGUUUACCGUGUUUUCCAGCGUGGUGUUCACCUCCGGCGUAGUGAACUUCGGCCGCAGCGACGUCGCAGACUUGAAAGACGCCUUAUUUUUUUUUCUGCUUCUUAUCGAUCUCACGAAGGCCGCGACGUUAGCGCGGUACGCGCUAAGCUCGCGGAAUCAAGAGGAAGUCAAAGCGAACAUCGCGCGCGGCAUGUCCCUGCUGGGACCGGCCAUCACUCUGGACACCCUCGUGGAGACCCUCCUGAUCGGCAUAGGAUCCUUGUCGGGCAUCAGAAGGCUGGAGAUCCUCUGCACCUUCGCGUGCCUCGGCGUGAUCGUCAACUACAUCGUCUUCAUGACAUUUUACCCGGCCUGCCUGUCGCUUAUACUCGAGCUUUCUCGCGGGAAUAAUAAUAUGGGCCAAUUGAGCGCGGACAAGAUAUUCAUAAUGCAGCCAUUAAACGAGGAGGAUCAAAAGCCAAAUCCUGUGGUGGAGCGAGUCAAGAUGAUUAUGAUCGCCGGUCUAUUCGUCGUGCACGCGAACAGCCGUUGGCCCUUUAAGAGCGAGGAAGGCGAAUAUACGGCAAAAACAGUGGCAACAUCCACGAAUUCGGACUCGAUAAACGGUUCCGAUCAUACCGAGAACUCCGAGUUGAAGGAACACCUGAUGACUUGGCUGUCAGCCAGCGCGGACAACAUUGUGAUACUGAUACUGCUGUUAGCGCUGGCGAUAAAGUUCAUCUUCUUCGAGGAUAGAAGCGACGUGGUUUCUAGACGGCUGAGAUUCAAAGAAGAGGAGGAAGAGGAGAAGGACGCGACAGUGGAGGAGAAAGUGGAACUUCUCGACGGUCCCGCCAAUCUGGACGAUAUAGAUACCACUAUGAACAUAUGGUUACGAGAACGUUUUGGCGUUACGUUACCAACGACGAUCCAAGAGAAGCCGGUCUUUCCUCUGUCCGGCGUGGGUGGUGGAUGGGGUGAUGAGAACGAUGUGGAGUGCGUCGAUAAGGAGGUGCAGACUGACACGAUAUACCAUGGCGCGAGCGAUUCCGGCGAAAUUGAUUCGUCGCCAAAGAGGCUUGAAACUCUCAGGAGCGUGGAGGACUGUCGCGAGAUAUAUAAUUCAGAGCUUGGAGCCAGUGCCUUGACGAACGAGGAAGUGAUACAACUGGUGAGAAACAAGGACAUAGCUGCGUAUCAGUUGGAAAAAGCGGUGGGCGACAUGGAGCGCGGUGUCGACAUUAGACGUCUCGUCGUGGGUGCUGCCGGCAGAUUCACCGAGGAGAUGACCAAUUUGCCGUACAAGCACUAUGAUUACAGCAAGGUAUUCGGCGCCUGCUGCGAGAACGUGAUCGGCUACGUGCCCGUACCGGUUGGUAUCGUCGGCCCGUUGCUGAUCGACGGCCAGCUGUAUCAUGUGCCGAUGGCGACGACGGAGGGCUGCCUGGUGGCGUCCACCAAUCGCGGCAGCCGCGCACUCCUAAAGUGCGGCGUGACCACCCGCGUUACGGCGGACGGGAUGACCCGCGCGCCCGUGGUACAGUUCCCGGACAUUGUGCGCGCGUGCGAGGCGAUGUCGUGGAUAGAACAGCCGCAGAACUUUCAAGAGCUGAAGGACAGCUUCGACGAGACCAGUCGCUUCGCUCGUUUGAAGAAGAUCCACCCGCGCAUAGCCGGCCGAGACCUGCAUCUACGCUUCGUCGCCACGACCGGCGACGCCAUGGGCAUGAACAUGCUGUCGAAGGGAACGGAGAGGUCUCUGCAGACGUUGCAGACCUACUUUCCGGACAUGGAGAUACUCUCCCUCAGCGGGAAUCUCUGCACCGACAAGAAGCCCGCGGCCGUCAACUGGAUCGAGGGGAGGGGCAAGAGUGUGGUGUGCGAAGCGAUCGUGCCCGCGGACGUCGUGGCGUGCGUGCUGAAAACUUCGGUGCACGACCUCGUCAAGCUCAACAACAAGAAGAAUUUAACCGGUUCGGCCUUGGCAGGCAGCAUAGGCGGCUUCAACGCGCACGCCGCCAAUAUCGUGACCGCGAUUUUCAUCGCCACCGGACAGGAUCCCGCGCAGAACGUUAGCAGCAGUAAUUGUUUAACGUUGAUGGAACCGUGGGGCGUGGACGGCAAGGAUUUGCGUAUAACCUGCACAAUGCCCAGCAUAGAAGUCGGCACGGUGGGCGGUGGUACCGGUCUCCCGGCGCAAGGAGCGUGUUUAGCGAUAUUGGGGAUCAAGGGUGCGCAUCGCACGCACCCCGGCCAGAAUGCCAAAAGACUCGCCCGAGUUGUCUGCGCCACUGUGCUUGCCGCCGAGUUAUCCUUGAUGGCUGCGUUAGCCUCCGGAGAUCUGGUCAAGAGCCAUUUGAGGCAUAAUAGAUCGUCUGUCCUAAUUAGUAACCCGGUUCAUACUACUCACAGUAAUGAUAGUAGUGGUGGCGACAGGCUAACCGUGCCAAACGUUGUGCCGUAAAAUCUUUGUGCAGAGUUUGCGUAAAAAUUUUAAUGGCAAACGUAUUUUCAUAAUUUUUGUAUGAUGCGGCCUGUUGUUUACGUAUCUGCGUUUCGCACUUGCCUCAUUUAGUGUUCCAAAGAAACAAUUAGUCAAGUAUGAAUGUUUCUGUUGUAUGCGAUGAGAUGUAGGUCGAACCAUGUGUAUAUUAUUUCUAUGUAUAUAUGUAUAUGGAAGGAGAAGUAUCGCGGUGUUUUCGACGGAAACGAUCAACAGUCUCUCCCUAAUGGUGCUGUAAUGUAAAUAAUAAACUUUUUAAUUGUUCCCAAGUUCCCAAGUCUGUUAUAUUAAUAUCGGGAUUUAAUUCGUUCAUCAAAUUAAACGUCGUAUUCGAAAACCGAGCGAGUGCGAAUUAUAGCGGAAUAAUAAAGAUAAAAAUGAAACUUUUAUUUUUAUUAUUUAUGUAUUACAAUAUGCAUAAUUAUAAUACAUAAAUUUUAUUGUAGUUCAUAUGUUAUAAUGUAUGAAUUAUAAUUAUGUAGUCGCGGAGCGAAGUUAAAUUUUCCUGAUAAGUUUUUUCGAAAAUCUGUAGGAAAAAUGACGAUAACACAAUUUUAAUUGACUAAGGUCUUAACAAGGAUUAAACAAUGGACAAUAAUGAUUAUUAAAUUAUACUGAUUUCACGAUCGUUUUGCGUCGUCUGUUUACAUUUUUUUCUCGGAAAUUUUUCCAGCAAGCAUGCAAUUAUACAUUCAUUAUACAAUAUCGAAUGAUAUUUAUUAUAAUCGAAUGAAGCAAAAGAAUUAAAUAAAACCUAUCUCAACUGAGUUUUUUUACAUGA